UGUCGCUUGUUUUUUUUCUUCUCUUUUUUUAUGAAUGAAAGAAUCCCACCUCAGAGAGCAGCGAAGUCAUUCCGGGAAAAGGCGGACUGACAUUUUGUCGCUUCGAGGCAGUGGUGAAAUUGUCACAUUUCAGAACUACGCAGCCACUGAAUAGUUUUUUUGCGAGUCGAUCCCAACAAGAACUUAACCCCGGAGGAAGCGUAAUCAUCGGGAAUUCGCUAAACAACCCAAGGACAAAGAAUCUGUGCUGACUGGUUCUUGGGGGCGGGGGGGUAACCCGAGGAGAGUGGGAUCAUGACGACAGAAAGAAACAGCAAAGCCCUGAAGGUGAAGCAGGAAUGUGGUGAGAACGUACCCUUCCUGUCAGACAGCGAACUCAUGUCGCUGUCAGUGCGGGAGCUCAACCUGCAUUUGCGGGGCAUGUCCCGCGAGGAGAUCCAGAAGCUGAAGCAGCGCAGACGCACCUUGAAAAACCGGGGCUAUGCCGCCAGCUGCCGGGUCAAGCGAGUGUCCCAGCGCGAAGCUCUGGAACAGCAGAAGAUGGAGCUCCAGAGGGAAGUGGACCGGUUGGGGGCCGAGAACGCCGGCAUGAGGAAAGAGCUGGAGGGCCUGGGCGCUCGCCUGGCCGCGCUGCAGAGGUUCGCUAGGGGCCUGGAAGCCGGCGGGGGCAACCUGUUGGCCACCGCGCCGCGCCUAAACACUGCCUCUGUCAUCACCAUCGUCAAGAGUCCGGCGCAGGCUCCGCCGCAGAGGGACCACGAAUCUCCCUAGGCUCUAUAAACUUACUGAUGGGUCUUGAGACAUACACACACGUACGUAGACAUCCGCAAACAUACACAAGAACAAUAUUGGUAGGAUGAGACAAAAAAAAAAGAAAAAACAUCAGUGCUGUACCCACAUGCAGGAGUUAUCAUGGUGCGACAUCAUGAAGGACCAGUCGAGCUUCUUUCUCAGUUGAAGUGCUUGCUACCUAGUAAUUGGCGAACAUUCACUUUUUUUUGCGUGGUUAGAAUGUACAGUACUGUGCAAAAGUCUGAAGCCGAUCACCCUCGCCCUUCAAUGACAUUCCCUACCACCAGGGGUCGCCAACCUUUUUGAAAGAGUUAUUUCUUGGGUAUUGAUCAUCACAAAGGGCUCCCAGUUUGAUACGCACUUCUGAAAUCUCAAAUUACACCGGUCAUUUUAGUCCAAGAUGACUUUUUGUCUUGUAGUGUAUUUUUGAUGCUGAUUUCAAAUGUAUCUUUACUUUUUUCAGGUUUUUGAAAUAUUUUGAUAUUUUGUUUUUAAGCUUGACCUAGAAAUUAACGACAAUUCGAGACAGAAGUACAUCAAUAUAAAAGAUUUUAUUUCACAAAACAAAAUUCAAAAAUUAAUUUUUUUACAUUUUCAAACAAUUUGUAUAAUAUUCCUCGAAAAUCACAAUGUCCCAAUCAUUGGUUGGCUUUUUGGCGUCACGCAGUGACCCCUGCAUGACACUCUUUUUGACAGGGUAGAAUAUUACAGAGGAAAGUAGUACAAUGAACAUACAAAAAUCUGUGUUUUGGGGUUUCCAUAUUCCAUUUUUAACUUAAAAAAAAAAAUCACAGAAUUGUGAUUUGGCCGAAACUGGCUUUGGUGGGAUACUGGCGCUGAAGUGACCUUUACUGCUAUUGUGAGGCAUCUAUUGCGGGUGGUGUCAAAUACUUGCAGAUGUUCGCUAUUUUACUCCUGUAAAUGGAAAACGUAAUUCUUUGAACCAUGUUUCAAUCAACCGCUAAAUUACAAUGCAACUAGAUGGUAUUGAUGUUACUACUAAAUCCUGCACUGCGUAGCCGACGUGCUAACCAGUCGACCGCCGUCCCGCCCAACCCCCUUUAAUCCCAAUUUUGACAAAUGAAAAUUGAAACAAGGGCAUUAUGGCAAUGCCGAAAACAAGACUUUUCCAUAGUACUGUACACCGGUCAAACUAACUGAAGCCAAGCGUUGCUGACUGUUAGCAGCUCAAGCACAAUCCGACCGUCACCGGUGCUGUUUUAAUGCGACCGAAAGGGCGAAGCUUCCUCCGCUUCUGCUUUUUGGGAACGUGACCAAAAAUAAAACAAAAAGAAAAAAAAGCCACCAAAACUUUGCAGUUAAGCCCCCACCCUCGUGGUUCUACAAACUUCUGCAUUCCAGGUUAUUUUUGUUUUCUUUUACUGCUACCCUUAAUGGCAAAACAGGGUCGUGGGGAGGCUUAUAUGUCCCGUAACAUGUAUUCAAAGCAGAAUAUAUUUACAAUUGUCGCUGGGUUGAUUUUUUUUUUUUUGGAACUCCUGCUUGAGGAUGACUCGAUGUUCAGGGUUUGUACACCGACACAGUGCCUUCAGUGCGUGUGGGAGGUAUCAAACCAAAACUGCUGACCGUCCAUCACACUUUUUUUUUCUGUCUUAGCUAUACUAGCAUACGACGUACUCGCCCGAUAGUUCCGACCGUGCAGUAACGAUUCUACUACGCGUUUGCAGUGUGGCUCGCCCGCCGCCGGUGGGACCGGCUGAAAGCCCCCCCUCGGGCGAACGAGGACUGCUCGACUCCCCAACACACUGUUGGUCUUUUUGUUUAGCUCAAAACACGGCGACUCACUCCGCCCACAUUCCUCUUUACGUGUUCUUAUUUGUAAUGUUUGUAUGUGCCGUCAAUACGCCAAUGUUGAGUGACAUUUAUCAGAGAUAUAUUCUAUAUUUUAUUUGUAUUUAAAAGUAGAUAUUUUGACAAGACAAGCUAACUGAGUGCUGUGACGUCAUGUAUGUUUUCAGUACUUCCAUAGUUUCGGGGGGGGGGGUGGUGAUAUUUUCAUGUCUAAUUGUAUUGUGUGACAACGAUUCCUACUUCACGAAAUGUUUAAUUAUUAGCGAUGUAGAAAUAUGCUCAAAGCCAUUGGACAUGUUGCUGUGUGAUGAUUCGUGCACGUGUGUUUUUUGCCAUAUUUGUACUGGAUUGCCAUAGUGGAUUCUUGGAGGGAUUAUUAUUAUUUUUUUUACUUUGGUGUGUUAUUCAUGUGGAAAAAUGCGAAAGGCUGAGCUGAAAGAGAGAGGAAGAGAAAUGAGGAAGGGAGAGAUCGGGAGAUGGACGAAUGAUGGAAAAAGAAAGUGAUAAAGAAAAGAUGGGGAAAACUGAGUGGUGAAGCGUGUUCACUUGAAAAACCUGCAUAGAGAUGAGUUAAUACAAUUUUAUCGGCGGACGUCAUGACACAAUUAGAUUCGUGUUGAAAAAUAAUUCAAAUAUACGAAGCUUAUAUUUAGUUCUAUGAAUAUGUGUGGUUAUUCCCCAAAAAAGCAUUUAUUAUCUGUAUGUCUCACCUCUUGUCAAAUUGUGCUGGACGUUUUGUGAUACUUGCAAAACAAAAAUGGUCUUUGUAUUUAUUGUACUUUUUCUAUUGUGAAAAUUGAAGUACAUCAUCUAUUUUAUAUAUUAAUUAUAAUAAAUGUUGUACAUAUUGUACAUAAAA